AUUAUAUUGGAUACUGGAUAUUAAUUUAGAGAGAUUUAAAUGCAAUAACAAAUCAAUUUAACCACGGUUUGGGUUUUAACGGUUGUGGAUUUUUCCACCCUAGGGAAUAAAACAACGGGCCAACCAGUCAAACCAGGCUAUUAAGAAGCAGGGAAUGAACAUUGAACAUAGUUCUUGACUAAAGAGCAAAACCGACGUCGUACUACAAAUACUGAGUUGCCGACGCAAAUCUAGAUUGGCCCAAAUCAACAUAUAUGGGCCCAUUUAGUGCUCUGCUCCACUACGAGUACACGUGACGGGACAACCCUCGUUGACUCUUUAACAUGUUGUACAUUAUCUUUCGCCACGUGGACUUAUCCAGUUGUCAAAUCUGACGGUGUAAAAAGACAAUUCACUCGUCACCGCGUAACACACAAUUGAGAUCUCCGUAAAUUUCUGGAACUAUCAGCCCACAUUCCAAAGCAAAACCAAAUCUACAAGUCUUGUCUAUAUAAUAAACACCAGAGACCAUUAAACACACGAAAAUUAAAAAAGGUUAAGGAAACGAAAAUAUGAUGAUGAAGUCGUUGAUCUGUCUCUCUCUCAUCCUCCUCCCACUUGUCUCCGUCGUGGAAGGUCUCGGUGGUGGUGGUGGUCUUGGUAGCCGGAAGCCGAUCAAGAAUGUAUCUGAUCCGGAUGUUGUUGCGGUCGCCAAGUAUGCCAUCGAGGAACAUAACAAGGAGUCGAAGGAGAAGUUGGUUUUCGUCAAGGUUGUGGAGGGAACGACGCAAGUGGUCUCCGGUACAAAGUACGAUCUGAAAAUUGCGGCGAAGGAUGGUGGUGGUAAGAUCAAGAACUAUGAGGCUGUUGUUGUUGAAAAGCUUUGGCUUCAUUCUAAGAGCCUUGAGUCUUUCAAGGCGUUAUAGAUCUUUAAUUGGAUUUUUGUAGAUCGAUCUCUCUCUCGGGUAUAUCUAUCUAGCUUUUGAUGAUUUGAGACUCUGACGUUUGUGUUGUUGUUGGUAAUAUCUGUGGAAUUAAAAAUAAAAUCAAACUUAUGUUUUAUGAGAAUUCGUUAAGAUGGAUCUGCAUUUGGAUUGAAUCGACCGACAGGAUAAUGAUGCAACGCAUACAACACGUGCGUCGACCGUGAGUUUUGACAUGAUCUGUUUUUUUUUUUCUUUGUUCGCGACUCGGUAAUAUAACUGGGUAAACUUCCAUGUUCUAAAUGUAGCCCGUAAUUAAAAGACAAGUUUCGGGAGAAUGGAAGAGUUUACAUUGAUUACGUAUGCAGGUAAACUUUAUCUAAGCCUUUUUGGAAUAAUGAGAGAAUAGGAAUAUUAAGAGACCUAAGAAUUUUGGAAUAAACCAAGUAAGGUUAGUCUAUACAUACAUCAACGAAGAUCAAUCCUUGCUAGACGGAGUUCAAGACCUAGAUUUUUUUGGGAUUAAACCAGGUACGGUUAGUCACUUAAUCUAGGGAUCAAUUUGUGAAAUUCAAGAAGCGGCUAUAAAAAUUUCGGAAGUUAGUGUAGACGUUGUUUUCGGAUUCCGGUCAUCAUUAAACAAAUGAGGGGAUAUUUUGUUAAAUCGAGAUUCACAUUACAUGUGAAUAUGUUAUUGAUAAAAAGAAAUGAUAUAGUAAAUUAGAGUGCAAAUGGGUAAUGUUUAACAUGGAUGUAUGAUGUAUCAUGAAUGUUCUACGUCUUUGUUUAAAAAAAUUCUCUUAUUGGUUAUG